AUGCCUCGAAUCACACUAGGCCAAAAGUCCAGAACGGGCUGUCGAGAAUGCAAGACUCGGAAAGUCAAAUGCGAUGAGCAACGACCAAUAUGCGGUAGUUGUUCCAAGUUCAACAAACGUUAUAGCUUUCUGAGAACAACUCCAUACUUGUGGAAUUCAGGACUAUCGAAUCAGCAAACAAAACCCGAAAAAGUCAUAUCUUCUCAAAAGCCGAGGAAAGAUGCCCGUAAAGGCUCGUCCAAGCAGGCGAAAGACAACCCCGAUUUUACCUUAGAGGACAUGCGUCUUUUGCACCACUUCACCUCUAGCACAAGUAAGACUCUGUCAGAUGAUCCAGAAGCUCACGAGACAUGGGCCACGACAGUCGUUCAAAUUGCAUUUACACAAUCCUUCCUUCUCCAAGGAAUUUUGGCUCUUGCUGCUCUUCAUAUGGCCAGUUUGAAACCCGAUGAAAAAGAAUAUUUCUCCAUUCUUGCGGCCAGUAAACAAGACGCCGCAUUGAAAGACUUUCGACAUCAGCUGGAGAACAUCACAACUCAAAACUGCGAUGCUAUUUUCGCAUUCUCGUUCCUUGCCGAAUACUACAUUCCUGCCUCUGCAGGAACCGUCAUCAAUCCCGCUGCCACAUUCAUGGAUGAUGACUUCUUUGGCGCAAUUGUGGAUUGGCUUCGCUUACACCAGGGAACAUCUGACAUAUAUAAGCGCAAAGGCCACUGGAUUCGGAAUGGCCCUGUUGCUCCUCUUCUGUGGAGAGAUAUCACAAGCGAGAGGUGUCUUUCGCCAACCCGGAAACACGACGUCGGAGAUAGCAGAAACUACCCAUUGUAUGACCUUGUGAGCAAAUGGGAUACAGAUAUUGCAUGCACAUCGAGCGAUGCCCAAGAGGAGAAGAUCAAUUCUCGGGCACUGGAACUACUGGUAGAGGCGUUUAAUUCUUCCUCGGAAGGCUCCGAGGCAAACGCUGGCCGGAUGUCUGUUAAUCAGCUUCUCAACGAUGCGCUACCACCCGAGUAUAAGAUUUCUCCCAUAUCCAAAGGUUCAAACUACCUAAGUCUUUCGCUCGGAUGGCUAUUUGAAAUCCCCUUUGGUUUUGUGGAACUUCUUGAGCAACGCCGACCAGCAGCGCUUAUUAUUUUUGCUUAUUUCGCAGUACUAUUUCAGAAUGCCCCCAGGUUUUGGUGGAAUGAGCCGAUUCCCGCGAAGAUUGUGAAAGCAGUCGCUGCGGUGCUUCCUCGGGAAUGCCACAGGUGGAUUGAAUGGCCCAUACGUGAAGUGCUGGGUGAUGACUACCAUGCAAUGCGAGGAAUAAUUUGA